AUGGUGUCUUCUCAAGGCCUCCUGCUGCUGGGGUCUGUGGUUACCGCAAUCUGCACAGGUGCUGCCCCAUGCAGGAUGAGUGACGCUAGUGUUGCGACAAGCCUGACGGCCGGCGCUUCAACGCGUGCGGAGGUCUCCGCGUGCGACAGCGGUGAACUGGUUGACGGCAGAAAUGCGGUAGAGCUCUUGCAGACACGCGCAAGCAGACUCAAUGAAAGCGCACCCAGUGGGUUUUUGAUUGACAUGUACCCUGAAUUCCCCAUACUGACGAGGCAGUCGCCUGAGAUGCAAAAGGCCUUUCGCCUUGUGGGAGGCAUCUUGCUUUUGUGUUUCCUGCUGGCGCUGAAGUUCGCCAGCACGGACGUGUUGGUGGGCAUGGCGGCCUUCUUGGACCACUUUAUGACCUCGGCCCUCUAUCCCAUGGCGCCGACAGUAACGCCGAACUACCAGCUCAUUGCGGUGCUGCAAAAUUCCAAGAAUCUCGUAACUUGUCUGCUGGUGCCCUUCGCCGGCAAGUUCAUCGAUGGGCGCGAGAAGAAGUCCAUGCAGCUUGGGAUGCUCUGUGCUCUGCUGUGCAGCCUGGGCUUUGCCCUGAAGAAGGACUACGGCUUGUGGCUGGCAGCGCGCUGCCUCAGUGGAUGCUCAACCGCAGGAAUCCUCUGGGGCGGCUUUGCUCUUCUCAACCAGGUGCAUGCCAAGGAUGCGGCCGCCCGCGCGCGGGCCAUGUCGAUGGCCAUGUCUGGCCUCUACGCCGGGCUGAUUACCGGCCCCCAGCUUGCUGGCGCCUUUGUUGAUGACUCGCGGUUCAUCUUCCUCCUCCUCGCUGCAACCCAGAUGUGUGUGUGCCUGACGCUUCGCCUCCGCCUGCCAGACCUGUCGCAGCUACAGACGCCAAGGCAGAAACAGACGGAAGCAGCGGCCGAGGUGGCGACGGUCGACCUGCUGGAGCUGGUCCUGGACCCUCAAAUCGGACUGCCGACUGUGGCGCUUUUUCUAAGCUUGACCUUGCAGGGUGCACUGACUGCCACAACUUUCAAGUACAUGACGAGCCUGGGAUACGAUCACGUGAAGCAGGACCUCACAUGGCUGAUGUCUACGAUUCCGGCAAUCGUCUGUGUGGGCCUUGUUCCCGUGCUUCGGUCUGUGGUAGCAAGUCAGACGUUGCAGAUUUCAGCACUGGUCCUGGGUGGUGGUGCUGCGCUGGCGUGUUGCGGCUCCGGCUACAUCUUCCUUGCCCUUACGCUGGUGGGCUCCAGCGCCGCAGCCGGCAUUCUGAAUGGAAAUACACCAGCCAUGUUGGCCGAUCGAAGCCAGGAGAAGUACCACGGCACGGGACAAGUGCUCAUUCUGCCCAAUACAGCAGACCAGGUGGCCUUCAUCUUGGGGCCCUAUGCAGGGGGGUCGAUUUGUCGCUAUGCGAGCUUCCAAGUGAUGUGCCAUGUCAUUGGCGGGUGCUUGGUGCUCUAUGCCGUGGUCCUGUUGCUGUUGACAUGUGCGCGGCAAGACGAAAGGUUAGAACCCGAGGCGGAGCAGCAGGUCAGCGUCGCAUCGGGGACUGAGCCGUGCGCACCACUUGAUGACUCUGUGGCUCGUAGUUCCUGA